AUGGCAUCAAGAAACAGAAACAGAACACUCGUUAAUAUAAUUUGCAAUCCAACUGAACCAGAGAAUAUGGCAUCCACGUCUCAUACACCUGUUUCUGUUUUGGUAAAGAAUGUCCUAACAGAACCACAUUCUUUUGAAAGGAUUGAAUCUCAGUUAGGGGAAAUUUUACUAACUGCAGACAAUGACCUCAUUCAAUUAGAAGACCUAGUGGCGCUUGACUCACCGUCGCUAUUAGAAACACCGUCUCCGAGGCCAACUUCACCACCACCUGUGAGAUGCUUGUGA